AUGGCGGCCGCCUUCCUCACUCACCAACAGAAAGUCCUGCGCCUUUAUAAGAAAUCCCUGAGACACCUGGAAUCCUGGUGCAUCUUCAGGGAUAAGUACAGAUUCUACGCCUGCCUGCUGCGCUCUCGCUUCGAUGAGAACAAGGAGGAGAAGGACCUGGUGAAGGCAACGAUGCUGCUGAAGGCUGGAGAGGAGGAGUUCUGGACCAAUCAGCAUCCACAGCCGUAUCUGUUCCCCGAUUCACCGGGCGGGACGUCCUAUGAGAGAUACGAGUGCUACAAGGUUCCUGAGUGGGUGCUGGAUCACUGGCAUCCGUCGGAAAAGGCCAUGUACCCAGAUUACUUCUCCAAACGAGAGCAGUGGAAGCAGCUGCGCCUGCAGAGCUGGGACCGAGAGGUGGCUCAGUUGGAGGCUGAGACUCCGCUCGGCGGCCCCAAAACCGAGGCUCUUCCUCCAGCCCGAGUUGAGGGAGACCUGCCCCCUCUAUGGUGGCAGUUUGUGAGCAGACCCAGGGAGAGGCCCACAUAG